GGCACUUUCAACUGGAUAAACAGGCCUCAGUCCCGCCUUCUAGUUCUAGUGUUUUUUAUGCGAAGAUAACCGAUGGGGGUUGGAACGGAGGCUGUUGGGCUGCAGCAGCUGCUGGCGUCUGAGCGAGGCCUUCGGUGGUCGUUGGCCUAAUGAGCGGGCGGCAAAGAACGCUUUUUCAGACGUGGGGCUCAAGAGUCUCCCGAUCCACUGGGGCUCCGAGUUGCAGCUCUGGAACUGAGCGGCCUCAGAGCCCUGGCAUCUCCGGGGAGGGUUUUCCUGCAGCGGCACAGGCAGCAGAGGCGGCGGAGGCGGCAGAGGCUCAGCCCGAGUCGGACGAUGAUGUGUUGCUGGUCGCGGUGUACGAAGCAGAGCGGCAGCUGAGUCUAGAGAAUGGCGGGUUCUGCACCUCAGCGGGCGCCCUGUGGAUUUACCCUACUAAUUGCCCGGUGCGGGACUACCAGUUGCACAUCGCCAGGGCCGCUCUGUUCUGCAACACGCUGGUGUGUCUGCCUACCGGCUUGGGAAAGACCUUUAUUGCCGCCGUGGUCAUGUACAAUUUCUACCGCUGGUUCCCCUCCGGCAAGGUUGUCUUCAUGGCCCCCACGAAACCUUUGGUGACACAGCAGAUCGAGGCUUGCUACCGGGUGAUGGGUAUCCCGCAGUCCCACAUGGCCGAAAUGACAGGAUCUACUCAAGCUUUCUCAAGGAAGGAAAUAUGGGGCAGUAAAAGAGUCCAUUUUCUUACACCUCAAGUCAUGGUAAAUGAUCUUUCUAGAGGAGCUUGUCCUGCUGCUGAAAUAAAGUGUCUAGUUAUUGAUGAAGCUCAUAAAGCUCUUGGAAAUUAUGCUUAUUGCCAGGUUGUAAGAGAACUAGUCAAAUAUACAAAUCACUUUAGAAUCUUGGCUCUUAGUGCCACACCAGGUAGUGAUAUAAAGGCUGUGCAACAGGUUAUUACUAAUCUACUAAUUGGGCAGAUAGAGAUUCGUUCUGAAGAUUCUCCAGAUAUUUUGCCAUACUCUCAUGAAAGACGAGUUGAAAAGCUUGUUGUUCCCCUUGGUGAAGAACUUGGAGCUAUCCAAAAGGCAUAUAUACAGAUUUUGGAAGCACUUGCCAGUUCUUUGAUUCAGAGGAAUGUUUUGAUGAGAAGGGAUAUUCCCAAUCUAACAAAAUACCAGAUAAUUCUGGCAAGAGAUCAAUUUAGGAAAAACCCAUCUCCAAAUAUUGUGGGACUGCAACAAGGCAUAAUCGAGGGAGAGUUUGCUAUUUGUAUUAGUUUAUAUCAUGGUUAUGAAUUAUUGCAGCAAAUGGGAAUGAGAUCAUUAUAUUUCUUCCUUUGUGGAAUUAUGGAUGGAACUAAAGGAAUGACUCGGGCAAAAAAAGAACUUAGCCGAAAUGAGGACUUCAUGAAACUCUAUAAUCAUCUAGAGUGCAUGUUUGCACAUACACGUAGUACUUCAACAAGUGGCAUUUCUGCUAUCAAAAAAGGAGAUGAAGAUAAAAAGUUCUGCUAUAGUCAUCCAAAAUUAAAGAAAUUAGAAGAAGUUGUAGUUGAACACUUCAAGUCAUGGAAUGCUCAAAAGACAUCUGACAAGAAAUGUGAUGAGACCAGAGUUAUGAUCUUCUCUUCAUUUCGAGAUAGUGUUCAAGAAAUUGCAGAAAUGCUUUUACAGCAUCAGCCAAUUAUUAGAGUAAUGACUUUUGUUGGCCAUGCCUCAGGGAAAAGCAUGAAGGGUUUUACCCAGAAGGAGCAACUGGAGGUAGUGAAACAAUUUCGUAGUGGUGGUUACAAUACAUUGGUUUCUACUUGUGUUGGUGAAGAAGGUUUGGAUAUAGGAGAAGUUGAUCUUAUAAUAUGUUUUGAUGCCCAGAAGAGCCCAAUUCGUCUUGUGCAACGAAUGGGUAGAACUGGCCGCAAACGUCAAGGCAGGAUUGUUGUUAUCCUUGCUGAAGGACGAGAAGAACGGACUUAUAAUCAAAGUCAGUGCAACAAAAGGAGUAUUUAUAAAGCUAUUUCAGGUAAUAGGCAGGUCCUUCAUUUUUACCAAGGAAGUCCACGAAUGGUUCCUGAUGGAAUCAAUCCACAGUUACAUAAGAUGUUCAUCACGCAUGGUAUCUAUGAACCAGAGAAGCCUUCUCGGAACUUGCAGCGAAAGUCAUCUAUCUUUUCCUAUAGGAAGGGAAUGAGGCAGAGUAAUUCAAAGAAUGAUUGGUUCUUAUCAGAAGAAGAAUUUAAAUUAUGGAACAGACGAUAUAGAUUAAGAGACACUGAUGAAAUUAAGGAAAUAACAUUGCCUCAAGUUCAGUUUCUAUCUUUACAAAAUGAGGAGAACAGACCAACUAAAGAACCAACCACUGGAAUUCAUCAACUCUCUCUCUCUGAAUGGAGACUGUGGCAGGAUCAUCCUUUGCCUACAUAUCAAGUUGACCAUUCAGAUCGAUGUCACCAUUUCAUAAACAUUAUGCAAAUGAUAGAAGGAAUGAGACAUGAAGAGGGAGAAUGCAGCUAUGAAUUGGAAAUUAAAUCUUAUUUACAAAUGGAAGAUGUUAGCUCAACAUCUAGUGCUCCCAGGAAUGAAUAUAAUCCUUUUGCCAGUGGCACCUUUACUAGUAACAAGAAAUCUUCAUUUACAAAGAAUAUAAAUCGAGGCAAAUCACUCUCAAUGACGGAAUCUGAUGAAGAAUGUGCUGAAAAUUUUAAACAAAUUCGUAUCAAACCAACUGAAAUUGCUUCUCUAAAAAAAAAACCUUCCAAAGAACUGAAAAAAGAUCAACCUAAAAAAGAAAAUAAGGAGGUUGUUAUGGGGCCUUUAGAUACUGAUGGCAGUUCUACUGCUGAAAAUAUUUUUCAGGUAGACCUACUAAAUGAUAAAAGGGUAUCAGAUACAGAUGAAGUUGCUGCCACAUGUGCUAUCAGUGAAAAUGUAGGUAAUCAGUCAUGUGGAUUAUUAGCAGAUUGUCAGUUUACAAAUAAAUCUACUAGUUCAUUUACUGGAAAUUUUUUAGAUUCUGGUUAUAACAGUUUCAGUGAUGAGAAAUCUCUUUCUUAUAGCUUAUUUUUUCCAUUUGAGGAUGAGCUUUAUAUAGCUAGAACAGAUGACAAAUUUUAUAAUUGUCAUUCAUUAACAAAAGAGGUGCUAGCUAAUGUAGAGAUAUUUUUAUCUCAUUCUCCUCCGCCUCUUAGUGCACUCUCAAAUUUGGAAUAUGAAAUUUCUAAGGGUUCUGCACUUGAGAACUUGCUUUUUCUACCCUACACAGAGUGUUUACAAAAUGACAAAUCCACCUGUUUGAUGUCACAUUCAACUAUAAAUUCUCAACAGAAUUUAGAAUUGAGUUCACUUAAAGUUAAUACUCAUCCUUCUGAAAAAAGUUGCCUUUAUGGUACAACUAAUGAUAAGAUUUCUGCUGAACCAAGCUUCUGUUACUAUGAUAAAGUACAUAAAGAUAUUAAAAAUGAACAUUUAGUAUCCAACCAUCAUAUUCAAAUAAAUACUGGCCCUCCAAAGUAUUUUGUUGAAGAAAAGAAUCAUGAUGUUGAUAACAAUGGCCUCCAAAUAUUGCAUACUGAUCAGGAUGAGAGUUUGCUGUUAUUUGAGGAUGUUAAUACAGAGUGUAAUAACGUGAACCUUCCUCCCUUGAACAGUAAAUGCAAAUCUUUAUGUCUGUCAGACAAAACUGCUGUAAGUGAAAUGGCACUGGGCUCUCAGUUCUUAAUUUCUGAUGAACUUUUGUUAGGCAAUAAUUCUGAACCCCAAGAUCAAAUUAUCGGUGAUACGAAUAGUUGGAAAUCUCAUGAAGAUUUGAGAGGUGUACAUGAGGAAAAACUGAAGAAUGAUGAAUAUGGUUUUGACUGCUCUAAGGAUUUAUUUUCUGUUACCUUUGAUUUAGGAUUUUGUUGUCCAGAUACUGAUGAUGAAAUACUAGAACAUGCAUCAGAUACAAAUAAGAAUAAAAUUUUAGAUGAUCUAUCUGGAGGGUGUUUAGACAUUAAGGAGAUAAAUGAUGCAAAUUAUGUUUCAAAUCAAGCAGUAAUAUCAAGAGACCAUGUUGAUAGUUCUACGAGUGUAACCAUUACUAACCCAUCAAGUGAAGAUAAGCGGAGUCCAACUUUUGCAUGUUUUCCAAUGAAUGCAACAAAAAAUAAAGAAUUUAUGUCUCCUGGUUAUUCUCAAUUUUCAUUGCCAGUAGGAGAGAAAGUUAUGAGUACACCAUUUUCUCAGUCAAACACGCCAAACUCAUUUUCUAAGAAGAGAAUAGAAGUGGCUAGGAAGUCAGAUUCUAAUAAGGGAAAAAUAAAUCUACAAAGUUUCAAAGAAACAUUGAAUUCAACUUUUGAUGAUUCGGGACUUUCUAUAGAAAAGGCUAAAAGCAGGGAACAAAUCAAUCUGCAUCAAUCCUGCUGUUCUGCUAAAGAUGAACAGUUAACAAGCAGUGAAAGUGAAGAUGAUGAGAUUUUCCGAAGAAAAAGUAAAAAGACAAAAGGAAAUGUUUUGGAGUCCCCUGAGAAUCAGAAAAAUAGCGAAGUUGAUUCUCCACUUCAUGCUGUCAAAAAGCGCAGGGUUCCUCCAAACAGAUUAGAUUUAUCAUCUAGUGAUGAGAGUGAGAAUUUUAGCAAACGACAUCCACAAUCAGCAGACUUCAAGGAUCAUAAUAAAAGAGGCAUCAAAGUCCAAAAGAGACUGAAUCACCUAAAGCUUGUAGCUAGGAAGUUUUUAGAUGAUGAAGCAGAACUUUCCCAAGAAGAUGCAGAAUGUGUUUCAUCAGAUGAAAAUUAUGAGUCAGAAAAUGAACAAGAUUCCUCAUUACUUGACUUUUUAAAUGAUGAGACUCAACUGUCACAGGCUAUAAAUGAUACUGAAAUGAGAGCUAUUUACAUGAAAUCUGUGCGAAGUCCACUGAUGAACAAUCAGUACAAAAUGGUCCAUAAGAAACAUAACAACGUAAACAUUUUCUCACAGAUUCCUGAGCAAGAUGAAACCUAUUUAGAAGACAGUUUUUGUGUUGAUGAAGAGGAGUCUUGCAAAAGCCAAUCAAGUGAAGAAGUCUGUGUUGAUUUUAACUUAAUAACUGAAGAUUGCUUUGCAAGUAGGAGCAAAAAAUAUAAAACCCGACGUGCAGUAAAGCUAAAACAAAUGAAGAUGAGACAAAACUGUGCAUUCAAAAAAAAAUUAUUCAGAAUUAUUUUACCAGAUGAUUCAAGUGAGGAGGAAAACGAUGUAAAUGAUAAACAGGAAUCCAGCACUGUGAUUAAUCCAAGUGCAGUUACCAAGAGUGAACAACAAAGCCACUGUUUGAAUUUAGUGCCUUCUGGGUCUUCAUUGCAGUCCAGGGACCACUCUAAUCCAGUUGUUAAUCAGUCGCCAAACCAGAGACAACAGACACCACUUAAUUUAAAGGUUACAGUUUCUGAUGUCUCAGACUUCAAACCUCAGAGCCGUACUAAAAUUGAAUCUACCUCAUCAUCAUUCACUACUGUUGAUUCACAGAAAGACUGUAGAAAAUUUCCAAUUCAGUUGAAGGAUACUAGUGCUCUGGAGGAUUCUGGCACUUCGGUGGCAUACUGUUCCAACUCACGACCACACUUGGCUGGCACACAUGCUUCUCGUAGACUUCCACAGGGAGGCCAAAGAACUUGUAUUCUUGUAGAUAGUCGUGAAAUCACUUCUGGUUCAGAAGUAAUUUCUUCCCUAAGAGCAGUUCAUGGCUUACAGGUAGAGGUUUGUCCUCUUAAUGGUUGUGAUUAUAUUGUGAGUAACCGCAUGGUGGUGGAAAGGAGGUCUCAAUCUGAGAUGUUAAAUAGUAUCAAUAAGAACAAGCUCAUUGACCAGAUCCAGUACCUACAGAGCAUGUUUGAAAGAAUAUGUGUGAUUGUGGAAAAGGACAGAGAAAAAACAGGAGACACAUCCAGGAUGUUUAGGAGAACAAAGAGCUAUGACAGCCUGCUGACUACCUUAACUGGUGCUGGAAUCCGAAUUCUUUUCAGUUCCUGCCAAGAAGAAACUGCAGAUUUGCUAAAGGAAUUGUCUUUAGUGGAAGAAAGAAAGAAUGUUGGUAUUCAUGUUUCAACAGUGGUGAACAGUAAUAAAUGUGAGGCACUUCAAUUUUAUCUAAGUAUUCCCAAUAUAAGUUAUAUAACUGCACUGAAUAUGUGUCACCAGUUUUCAUCUGUGAAAAAGAUGACAAAUAGCUCACCUCAGGAAAUCUCCAUGUAUGCACAAGUAACUCAUCAAAAAGCUGAGGAGAUCUAUAGAUAUAUUCACUAUAUAUUUGACAUGCAAAUGUUGCCAAAUGAUCUUAACCAAGAUGAUAAACGUGAGGCCCAGAAACAAGUGACUUCCUCAAGUUUAGACCGGGAAAUCUAGAACAAGAACCCAGGAACUAGAUACAGUUUUCUUUCACUAAAAAAGUUGCUCUGAUUGUGAACUUAGCUCCUUUGGGAUAGUAUAAAUUCUGAAUUCUUCUAAAGCAGUUAAUCUCUUAUUUCUGCUGUUUAAUAAUUCUGUCAAAGCCAGAGAGAAAAGAAGUUCUAUAAAUUAUUGGCUUAUGUGCAGUUCUCAAUUUGUUCUCUCUCAGGUUCAAAUUCAUCCUUCAGUAUCUUGCUCCAUUAUAAUGGACUGGCCUUUUUGAGCAUUUCUCCCUAGUGAGCAUGAUUUAAGCUUUGUCAACUAGGAGGAAAGGGGCUUCUUUUUCUGGUUCCAGUGUGCUGUUUUUUUGCUGCUACUCACUCCUGUUACAUGGUGUCACUGGUGCAUUGGGUAGGGACAUCUGGUGGAGCUCUGUGCCCCGGCUGCACACCAGAAGCAUGCAGUCCCUCAACAACCUCACAUUGCCCUGGACUGGUGACCUCCUUGCAGCACAUCUCAUGCAGACACCAAUGUCCUCAGAUUCUGUGUGUUCACCCAACAGACAAAAUAUUUCAUAAAUUGAUAUGGUUUGAGGGACAUAACCUAGAGGAUUUCAUUUAUUUAUGCUUGCUGUGUAGAGACCUCUAUCCAUAUUUAAGCUGCAACAGCCUCUUUCUAUACUCUUCAGAGGUUGCACUUAACUAUCGACCCUACCGUUUAUUGAUCCAUCUUAUUGUCUGUCGUCUUUGAGCCCUUCAAGUCUUUCUUUUCCACUUUUAAGUCUCCUUUGGAGGUUACCCUAAACCUUACUAGUUUAUCUAAUGACCCAAUGGAAAGAAACGGGAAUAACCAGGUACCUGGAAGGUGGGAUACAAUAGUUUUGAUAGGACACAUGGAAUAUGGGGAGUGGGGGUACGUUGUGGUUUGUCUCAAGUAUAUGCUAUUUCAAAAAUUAUCUUUUUGUUUCGUAUUAAAGAAUUUAACUACCUUCUAAUUCUUUUUUUAAAAAAUUUUUAUUGGCGUAUAGUUGAUUUACAAUGUUGUGAAUACCUUCUAAUUCUUAAAACACUGUCCAUUAACAUCAAGCAGCAUGGUAUUACACCAAAUAUUGGCAACUUAAGAGUUCUACAACAGAAUUUUUUAGAGCUACUCUAAAAUAACCCUUUCAUUUGUUUCAUCCUUCAUCUAUCAAAAAUCUCUGUGGCAGAAACUAUCAAUCAUGGUAGUUUAGUUUAAAGGAGAGUGAUCUGUUUGCUUGCACUAUUCUUCUUAAAUCUUGUGUUUCUACAAAUCCUGUAGUUCUUUAGCUGCUGAUUAUUACUGACUAA